UAAUCGUCAAUGGUGUCAAAAAUGAAAACGAAUUUAAACUGUGAUUUUGAAACGUCGCUCGCGCUAAAUUGCUUUUAUUUCGUCCAAAUUUUGUGUAUCAAAUUAAUGUGAAUCUUUUGUUUAAUAUUUAGUUUUGUUCACUACAUACACAAAAUCAAAUGGAGCAUGUAAAUAUAAAGACUCUACAAGUGGAUAAUUUUAACUGGGACGACAUUGAAGUUGGAAAUCAUGUGCUUGAUCAUUCGCAAAAUUUCUUCGGAAAAAAACAUAUAAAACACGAACGUCUGGACGAAUCGGAAGGUAAUAUGGACUUGCUCAAAGAAAUCGAUGCCUUUACUUUAGACGAUACCUUGAGUGUAACUGAGGAUAAGGAGAACUUAAACGUAGUAAGCACUCCGAGAUCAACCAUUAAAACUCCUUUGAAGGAAAUACAAUUAACAACAUCGGUCGAAGACGAAAAACCCGAUGUACAAAAACAUAAAAUUGAACCAGGAAUAAAUCCAAUUGUAAAUGAAGAAUGCGGUGAGGUAAAUGAAGCUGUUCAUAUAAAUGAAUCCCCAAAAAAAUCAUCAAACAUAACGAAUCCCGCAAACCCUAUAACUCUUUCCGAAUCACUGAUUGCCCGCAACAGAGCGCGAAUCAAUCCAGGAGGAAGCAAAAAAAUAUCUUCUUCGCAAACUUCCUUAAAUGACAUGGGAUCUAUGGUUUCAAAACCAGUUGUAUUAUCAGAAUCUUUAAUUAUGCGGAACAAAGCACGAAUUAACCCAGGGGCAAAAAAGGAAAUGAGUACGCCCAUGAUGGCAGAUGGUAGUAGCUGCUCACAGGCCGGCGUAGUGGCAAAACAGGCGUCGGCGUCGGUUCCUCACGCUUAUCAGUGCAACGAAGUCUAUAAACGUCGAAAAGAAGAGAUGUUGCGCACGCGUUUAGAAGAGGAACGAAAAUGGCGUGAAUUUCAUAGCAGACCAGUACCUAAUUUUAGGGCAUGUCACAAAUCUCUGGAGCAGAAAAAAGUUGUACAUGCUGUGACAGUGCCUGUAACGCCUGUCGUUCUCAAAAAGUCUAUUGAAGCUGAAGAAAAACGAAAGAAAAAACUGGAAGAAUUAAAACCAUUACACCAACCUAAAUUCGAACCGCGCCCAACAACAGUACUGCAUGAGGAACCUUUUGUACCCAAGAAGGCGCAAACUGUGUUGGUUGCAUGUCCUUUUAAUCUUCGUUCAGAGAAGCGGCUACAAGAACGUAAACAAUAUGAUGCGGCAAUACUGCGGACUAUGGAGGAGAAGCAAAAACAGGUAGAAAUUGAAGAAGAAGAACGUAAAAAACGUGAAGAAGCACGCAUUAAGGAGUUGCGAAAGCUCACUACAUUUAAAGCACGACCAAAUCCUUUCAAGUAGACUCCUACCAACAACCACAGUAAUACAUAGAUAUAUAGUUAUAAAAAUGAUUUGAACGCCACAUGUUAAUAUACAUAAAUAUCAAUUAAAAUAUCAAAACACAAAAAAAAAUAAAAAACAAACAAUAUCUAUAAAUACCGCGAAAUAUCGAUGCAUACUUAAAUAACACUUUGAACAAUAAGAAAUGUAUAAUUUUUAUAUCGAAAUGUACGAACGUUUUUAUUGUCACUUAUUACUAUGCUUAUUAUUAUUGCUAUUAUUUUAAAUUUGUAAGUUUUUGGAAUAUUCAUAUUUAACAACAAAAUGAAUAACAUGUUAUCGCAAUAAAUAACACAAUUUUAUAAAUUAUACUAAAAAAUCUUGAAGCUCCCGCAUAAAAUCACCACAAUAAAAAGAAAGUCUAUACCACAAUAGAAAUAUAAUAGCUAUACGAUUCAAUUAUUUACAUUUGUGUUAACACACUUAAUGGUCACAUUUUAUAAACAAAAAAUAUUCGUAUGAUAAAAUACUGAGAGCCGUGCCGGAGUUCAUGUAUUGUAUUGUAUAUUACCCCAAUAACUAAUCCGUGACGACAGUGUAUUAUAAAAUAUCGGCUUGGAAUUUUUUAUU